AUGAAGAUCUCUCUGUGGUGCCUGGUGGUGAUGCUGGCAUGUCUCUCCACUCCUGGAUGCGGUGACUGCCAGGGGGAAUGUGUGGCCUGCGGGCUGCUCUUGCAGCAGCAGCAGCUGCAACAAGCCUUCAACACCAUGGUGUGUUUGUUGGAGUGCGAGGGCCACAUCUCCUCCUCGCUCACAUGGGAGGUGUGCAAGCAGGCCUUCAAGCUAUCGCACCAUCCUACAAUUCCUGAAGGAGGCGUUCUGUUCAAGAGAGCAGGAGAGGAGCUGGAGAUGACCUCUCUUGACCUGGACUCUGACAGUGAACUGCAAUCUGCAGCCGCAGAGCGUUUCCAGGAUGAGACACCAUUCGAGCAGCGCAGUGUCCAGUAUGACUCAUCACUGCUGGAGUCCUCCGAGGAUGGGGAGGGCCUGCAGGGUCUGGAUCUCAGUCUGGCUGACGAAGAGAGGAAGCCGAGAGAGGAGAGAAAUGUGGAGAGUGACAGCCAGCUAGAAGGGGAUGAUGAUGAGGACUCAGAGGCCAUCACCUUAUCCAAACGCUUUGGUGGUUUUCAGAGGGGGCGGCAUGGAUACAGGAAGCUGAUUGGCUCUUCCAUAAGGCCCCUACAAAAGCGUUACGGUGGGUUCAUAGGCGUGCGGAAAUCUGCCCGCAAGUGGAACAGUCAGAAACGGGUGAACCAGCUGCUCAGGCAGUACCUGGGCAUGAGGAGCAGCCGCAGCGGCAGGUUCACCAACGUCCCUGUAACUCGGGUUUGGAGGCAAAACAAACUGUAA